AUGGCCUUUCCAUCCUUCUCAUUGGCCUCGCGGACCAAGGUGCCCUCACCGUCGUACACAUCGCGCCCAGCUCUGACACCCUUGCAGCUCCCCAAUCGCUCAUCCAUGCCCACCAUUCAUCUCGGCGUCUAUCUGACGUCCGGAAAGGAGACGUAUCAGGCUGUGCGAUGGGCGCUCGAGAAAACAAUCAUGCUUACAACGGCAGGCCGGAUAUCGAGCCUAGCGUCCAACUCCGCAUACGAAACGGCCCGCAAGGCCAUCAGUAGAUCGGUCAAGGAGGCCGGGCUUGGCUACAUUGACCUGUUUCUGCUCCAUUCUCCGUACGGUGGCAAACAGGCGCGUCUGGACAGCUGGAGAGCCGUCGAGGACGCAAUCAACGACGGCGAAGUCAAGACUGGAGGCGUCUCUAAUUAUGGAGUCAAGCAUGUUAGGAAACUCGUCGCCUCUCUGUUAUUGGAUUCGAAGCAGACUCUCUCCCGUCAUAAGGCAUCCGACGACGCCGACGCUGACGUUGUUGGCUGCAAGCGACUGCUUUGGGUCCAUCCAUUCAAUACGCGCGAAGAUAUUACGUCCUUCUGUCAGCAGCACAAUAUUGUGGUCGAGGCAUACGCUCCGCUCGCCCGAGCCUUGCGAAUGAAACACCCCAAGAUUGUGGCCCUGUCCAAGAAGUAUUCAUGCACGCCAGCCCAGCUGCUGGUCCGCUGGAGCCUGCAACAUGGCUAUGUGCCGCUACCUAAAAGCACGAAGAAGGAGCGAAUUGUUGAGAACUCGCAGAUUGGGGGCUUUGAAAUCGACGAUGCCGACAUGGAGACAAUGGAUGGAUUGGAUGAGUAUCUGGUGACUGUGUGUGGCAGAGGCAUCCUCAACCGCGUGGCGAGUGCAAAGUAUUGA